AUGGGGUAUGUUUGACAACCUAUAUUAAAUAGGAAGAUAUGUAAAUUUAACUUUUCGGUGAAGCUUUUAUGUAUAUUUUUAAUGCUCAGUAAUAUUGUGUUUUUGUAUUACCAGAACUUUAAUAAUUAAGUAAGUAAAAUUCAGUUUUUCAAAUCAAAGCGUUUAAGUUUAAUUGGAAUGCUAAACCAUCUUUCAUCCUAAAUCAUAAAAAAGUUGGCAUUUCGUUUUAUUUCGGUUAAUUUUUUUAAUGUUUUGACAUUUCGUUUCUUUUUGUCUUUUCGGAAAAUUUUUCAGAGAUCAGACUAAUCGGAAAAAUUUUAGUUUGAAAAAUGUUUCGUUGUUACGUCAAACACUUUCUGACACUUCGUUUUUGCAGAAGGCUUGGUUUAUCGACGCGUUCGUUUCGUUUUACACCGGCUUUGUCGCAGUUACAAACGUUGGAAAACAACGAAAAGUUGUUAGUGAAGGAUCGUGAAAAAGUUAUGGCCAAGAUAUUCGACACAAAGAUUAACGUAACAGACUAUGUGCUGGCACGCAGAGAUGAGAAGAUAGUCGAAAAGAUUCAUGGCGUUGAGGUAUCAAUUUUCUUCUUUUGAGUUUUUGUUUUUCGGUUAGUUAUAUAUAGCAAAAAAUUUAAAAUUGGAGAAGUAAUAUGUAGCAAGGUUUGUUUUUAAUGGUUUUUCGUGUUGCUCUUUAUGUUUAAAUCUUUACUGUUUUUUAGAUAGCUGAUCCAUAUCGUUGGAUGGAAGACCCGGAUGAUCCUGAAACUCAGCAGUUUGUCGCCAACUUGAAUAAAAUUUCUGAACCUUUCUUAAAGGGAUCAAACGUUCGUGGAGAAUUGAAAGAAAAGUAAGGGUUUUAUCUGCUGUUAAAUUUGAAAUUUAGGUUGACAAAGCUUUGGGAUUAUGAAAAGUAUGGAACUCAUUCAAGACAUGGAGAAUUCUAUUAUUACUUUCACAAUUCCGGCUUGCAAAAUCAAAGGUACGUGAGUUUCUUGUCGGGAAAAUUAUUUGUUUUUUAUUGUAUUUGUUAAUUGAAAAAUUUUAACGUUUUUAAUAGAAGGUUUUUAUAACGUAUAUUUUUAAAUGAUUAAUGUUGGCUUAUAGCGUAUUGUACAAGCAGAAAAAUUACAAGGAAAAAGGAGAAGUAUUUAUUGAUCCUAAUACAUGGUCAGAUGAUGGUACAACUGCUAUUAGACAAACUGCUUGGUCUAGGGAUGGAUCACUUUUAGCUCUUGGAAUAAGCGAGAAGGGUUCAGAUUGGGUAACUGUUAAAGUAAGUAAUCUAAUAACUACUUCCUGUAAUUUUAAAAUGAUUUGUGGUUUUUACUUUUUCUGCUUUGUUCUCGCUGCUUUUAACGAUAAUUCUGGGAAAAUAUAAAUAUGAUUUUUACAUUGACUUGUAGGUAAACAAUAUCUUUUUCAUAAAUAUUUUUCAGUUUCGCAAAAAUAAUGGUGAAGAACUUCUGGAUGUUAUCAAAGGCGUUAAAUUUAGCGGUAUCUCAUGGUUAAAAAAUGAUGGUGUUUUCUAUUCGGUACGUUUACUUUUUUUUAACUUUUAUGUAUGCUUUGUUUUUUUACUUUCUGGGUUAACGAUUUUUUAUUUAUAGAAAUAUCCUAGCUACAAAAGUGCUCAAGACGGAGUAUCAGUUGAAAAACACGAAUAUCAUUCACUGUAUUAUCACAAAUUGGGAACCAACUAUCUAGAUGAUGUCUUAGUAGCGGACUUUAGAGACAAUCCUAACAAUAUGGUGUAUGUAUUUAUUUUUUUAAUUGUCUGAUUGGGUUUACUUAGGGAUUAGAUUUUACAAAUUUUACAAGGCUUAUAAAUGACCUUUCUUCUUGUUCUAGCGGAGCAACUGUUUCCUUGGAUAACAAGUUUUUGGUGGUUGAUGUGUAUAAAGGAUGUGAUCCGACAAAUCAAUUGUAUAUAUUUGAUUUGGAAAGUAUUGGUCACAAAAUUACCAAAAAGUUAGAAAUGAAACCUGUUUUCGACAAAUGGGAUGCGAAGUACGAUGUACGUAAUUAUUUUUUGUACUUUAUUUUUUAGAAUUGUUGGCUAAAGCUCACACUGAAAAUGAUAAUUUAAAGACAGGUUAAAAAGUAUUUUAAAAAUAAAAAAACAACUAAUCUAUGAUUUUUUUUAGCUGAUUAGGUAGGGACAUGUUUUCUGACUACUAAAACAUUUUUUUUGCGGUUGAGAAAAUUAAUAUUUACAUUUAAUUUUUAGUUUGUAAGAAAUGAAGAUAACCGAAUCCUAAUUGAAACUAACAAGGAUGCUCCAAUGUCGAAAUUGAUUCGCAUCAAUCUUCAAGAGCUGGAGAAAGGAGAAGCGGCGUGGCAAACGGUGUUGCCGCACGACGAGAAGCGAAAACUCAGUUUUGUUGUACCAGUCGCUAAAAACAAAAUGGUCGUGGCGUACAUGGAAGACGCGUGCGAUUCCCUUUACGUUCAUGAUUUGGCCUCGGGAAAACAAUUGGAAAAACUGCCAUUAAGUCUCGGAGCAAUAGGAUCUAUAUGGGGAAGAAUUACGUAUGACGAAAUAUUUUUUUCGUACGAGUCAUUCUUGGAGCCAGCUGUCAUUUACAGAGUCAAUUUUGCAAACAAAACUGAAGAAAAAGCACUAGAGUUGGAGGUAGUGCACAGAACAAAAGUGCCCGGUUGGGAUCCUUCGAAGUUUGUGGCCAAACAAUUAUUUUACAGCAGCAAAGAUGACACUAAAAUUCCAAUGUUUGUUGUACAUCCAAAAGAUAUGAAAAUGGACGGAAAAAAUCCAACCAUACUGAACGGUUAUGGAGGGUUUAACAAUGCCGAACAGCCGGCAUUUUCUAUAUCUAGAUGCAUGUUUAUGGAAAUGUUUGGAGCCGUCAUUGCCGUGGCUAAUCUGAGAGGUGGCGGUGAGUAUGGGGAGACUUGGCACGAAGCGGGGAUGAAGAAUCGAAAACAGAAUGUUUUUGAUGAUUUUAUCUCGGCUGCCGAGUAUCUGAUCAGUGAGAAGUACACUAACACUAAAAAACUAGCUAUUCAAGGAGGAUCAAAUGGAGGUCUUUUAAUGGCUGCUGUUUCUCAACAACGACCUGACUUAUUUGGAGCAGUUAUCAAUAGAGUAGGGUAAGUCAUUUAUUUUUUUGAAUUGCAGUGAAAUCGUUAUUUUUAAAAAUUUCUACUUUUCAAGUUCUACCUAUCUGUUUAUGAAGUUGGAGUAACUAUUAUUUUUUAGAGUACUAGACAUGCUGCGUUUCCACAAAUUCAGCAUAGGUUCUGCUUGGAUACCGGAAUAUGGUAACCCGGAUGAACCAACCGAUUUUGAAUUUAUAUAUAAGUAAGUUUGACAUAACUUUUUGAGAAUAUAGUUAUGCAUAUCGGCGAAGUUUUUUUUCUUUUGGUAAACGAAUAAUUAAUUUAUUCAUUAUGUAAUAUACAAAUAUUAAAAGUUCGGGCUGACGCCCGUGGAUCAUGUUACUAGCUUACAGCUAUAAUCAUUUAUUAACAGUAGUCAAAUAUCUAAAGAGCGCAGCGGUCGGCAUAGCGCCGCCGCAAACUAGCUGUUAUCGGAUGCUCUCUAUAAUUUUAAUCCGGAUAAAAAACGAUUUUCGCCUUUUAAAUAUACAAUCAUAAAAUGUUUAAUGAGGUGGGCGUUACAGUUAUUAAUCUUACCCAAUUUUAGGUAUUCUCCUCUACACAACAUACAUUUAUCUCCAGGACAGCAGUGGCCAUCGACAUUGAUUAUGACUGCUGACCAUGAUGAUCGUGUAGUCCCAGCGCAUUCGCUUAAAUACAUUGCCCAGAUGUAUUAUACUCUUCAGAAUUACAAGAAUAUUCAAACGAAUCCAAUAAUCGCUCGAGUUGACGUGAAAGCCGGUCACGGUGCUGGUAAACCAACAAAGAAGGUGAUCGAUGAAAUUGUGGACAUUUACUCUUUUAUACAACGGGUUCUGAAAAUUGAUGUUGUAGAUUAA